AUGCCCGCUCACUCCCCGGCGUCGACUGCUGUUACCCCCAGGCUCCGCUCCACGCCCACCUCGGAUGACGAUCACAGCCACGAGACCAUCUCUGCAGGCGGAAUCCGCGCCGUCAUCCCCUCCGCGCAAACCCUCUCGCGCCUCGCUUCGUCUACCUCCAACUCCACCCCCGGGAGCACCACCGUCCCCCGGCCCGCUCGCACGGGCACCUUUGUGGGUAUUAACGCAGAGUGGACGCCGGGCCACGGACACGCCCUGUUCAAGGUCCCGUCUGCACUUCACCUCCUCGCGACUCCGUCGCGUGUGCGGACGCUAGCCCGGGGGAAGACCCUGUCCACCGUCACAGGCGCCGCUGACGCGCACGUAUCUGCCCCGGCUCGCCGAGCUGAGACUAUCGCCGCCGCGGGGGUGAUGACGCCCUUGGAGGAGAACGAGGAGGAUCCGGAGGAGCCUGAGCCGGAAGAGCCUGAGCAGGAGCAUGUCGCGGGUGAGGAGGGCUCGCCGGUGGAGACUGCAACCGACGACGAGGACGAGGACGUUCCUCCGCUUGACUUGGCGUAG